UUGUGGCUGCUGUGGUGGCUUCCGCGUUGCCCCACGCCCGCCUUCCCAAAAAAACUUAAAAGUGGGAGUUGACAGGCUAAUUUGUUGUCCCUUCUGUCGUCAAUUGUCAUCUGCCAUCAAGCAGCAGCCAUGCCCGGGAUAGAGAAGCUGCCUAUCGAAGAGACGCUGGAGGACAGCCCGCAGACGCGCUCUCUGUUGGGUGUGUUCGAGGAAGAUGCGGCAGCCAUGUCCAACUACUGCAACAUGCUUUAUCAGGCCAUGCACAGGAUGUAUGACGCCCAGAAUGAGCUGAGUGCUGCAACACAUCUUACCUCCAGACUGCUAAAAGAGUACGACAAACAGCGUUUUCCUUUAGGCGGCGACGACGAGGUGAUGAGCUCCACCCUGCAGCAGUUUGCGAAAGUCAUUGACGAGCUGAGCUCCUGUCACGCCGUCUUGUCUACCCAGCUGGCGGAUGCCAUGAUGUUCCCCGUAACGCAGUUCAAAGAAAGAGACCUCAAGGAGAUCCUAACUCUGAAGGAAGUCUUCCAAAUAUCCAGUGAUGAUCACGACACCGCCAUCAACAGAUACAGCCGCCUGUCCAAGAGGAAGGACAAUGACAAGAUGCGCGCCGAGGCGGUGGAGGACGUGUACACGUCGCGCAAGAAGCAGCACCAGACCAUGAUGCACUACUUCUGCUCGCUCAACACGCUGCAGUACAAGAAGAAGACGGCGCUGCUGGAGCCGCUGCUGGGAUACAUGCAGGCGCAAAUCAGUUUCUUUAAGCUGGGCUCGGAAAACCUCAGCCAGCAGUGGGAGGACUUCCUGGCCACCAUCGGAAGCAGCGUCCAGAACGUCCGCCGGGAAAUGGAGAAGGAGGUGGGCCAGAUGCAGGAAACCAUCGAACAGAUGGAAAGGUCAUGUGACCCGCUGUACGCACCUUGUGACCCUGACCCGCUCCACUCGCCCGUGUGCCGCAACCUCACUCAGAAGCAGGGCUACCUCUACAUUCGCAAUAAGACGGGCCUGGUGUCGACAUCGUGGGAGCGUCAGUACUUCUUCACGCAGGGGGGCAACCUGAUGCAGCAGGGCCGCGCGGAAGUGGCGGGCGGCCUGGUCACCGACCUGGACAACGCCUCCGUCAUGGCGGUGGACUCUGACGACCGCCGCUUCUGCUUCCAGGUCACGUCCUUCGACGGCAGGAAAGUGGUGACACUGCAGGCGGAGAGCCGGAAGGACUGCGAGGAGGUAAUAAAGUCGCUUGAGUUGUUGUCGAUGGCUCUUCUCUCACCGCGUCUUUUUUGCUCUUCUCGCCAGUGGAUCGCUACCAUCAACAACAUCUCCAGACGCAUAUACCUGAGCGAAAACGCAGAGGAAGUGGCGGCCAGAGUCAACCAAUCGGCUAUUGAGGCGGUGACGCCGUCGCCGUCCUUCCAGCAGAGACACAACAGCAUGCGGCCUGGCAGCAGGGGCGGCGUGGGCCGAACCGGCAGCAUCAGCUCGAUGGGCUCCGAGCCGUCGCUCGCCCGCUCUGCCCUCUCGUUAGACGCCCUGGUUGCCCCGGAAACGCCCAUCCAGUUUGACAUCAUCUCCCCUGUCAGCGAGGAGAACGCCGGGCACGGCAAGACGACAGCGCAGGCUGGCAGGAGAAGUAAUCCGUUUGGCGAGUCGGGUGACAAAACACCGGAGGACGGCGAAGACUCGAUCCUGCACCAGCUCUUCAUCGUCCGCUUCCUGGGCUCCAUGGAGGUGAAGAGCGCCGAGUCGGCGGACGUCAUCCCCGAGACCAUGCGGCAGAUCCUGGCGGCGCGCGCCAUUCACAACAUCUUCAGGAUGACCGAGUCGCACCUGCUCGUCACCUGCGACUGCCUCAAGCUCAUCGACCCGCAGACGCAAGUGACUCGACUCGGGUUCCCUUUGUCCAGCGUGCUCCAGUCGUCGUCGCACCAGGACAACAAGCGGCUGUUUGGAUUCAUCCUGCGCUCGGCCAGCGGGCAUCCUGACGGGCGAGCUGUCUGCUACAUCUUGGAGUCAAACGACGAUGGCGAGAAGAUCUGCGACAGCAUCGGGCUGGCCAAGCAGAUCGCCCUCCACUCGGCGCUGGACCGCGAUGCGGCGGAGAAGCGCAAGGAGCAGCACAAAGCCAAAGAGAAGCAGCAGGAGGAGGAGCUCAGCAAGCAGAGACAGAUCGAGAAGGACCUGGAGGAGCAGAGCCGCCUCAUCGCCGCCUCAAGCCGUCCCGCCGGGGCCGACGGACACUUUGUGGUACUGAGCAACAGCCAAUCGGAGGAUAGCGACGCCGGCGGGGAGGAGGGCAAGAAGAAGGGCGAGUCCGACGCCUAGCAACGCACACGCCCAAAAAUGGGUACGAAGCCUCUGCCCGUCCAGCCCAAGUUCAGGAAUCAACACCCGCCCGUCCGGGCUGCCUGGGGAUGAAAAACAAGUUUGUCACAGACUUUUGUUUUAGUUGUUUUUAAAGAGCUUUUUAUACUGCCGCAACUAUAGCUAUACAACAGUCUAGUUUCCUAUUUCUUUUCGUAACCAUUUUGUCCAGAAAAUUCUCGAAAGUCCUUCCUGGCUGUUUGUCGGCUUCCUGCACUGUUUUGCGAGCGGCCGGUUAUUCCGGCGCACGUAUGAGGCCCAAUCUCUAUGUCAGUGUUUCCCAACCUUUAUUGAGCCAAGGCACGUAUUCCACGUGAGGAAAAAGCCAGCAAACAAAAAUGUCGCACCAAGUACAGUGAAGAAUUUGGAGUUGGACAUUGACUGUUCUUGUGCUCAGGCCAAAGCAUUAAAAAUUUUCCUUUGGAGCCAUCUUGUGGCAUCUACAGCCAAUUACAGUACAGUAUAAACCUUUCGGGUGGGGCAGUGUCCGUUAACUUGCCGAUUUAUGCUAUUUGGGGGGGGGGGGGGGGGGGCUCGGUCUUGUAAAUGGUGGACUCCUUUUAGGGCGGGUGGACACCUUCCAGACACACCCGCCUGGGCUCAAACUAUUAGGGGAAAAAAAAAAUAACUUUUUAGAAAAUAGUUUUACCCCAUCCCCACACUUAAGCGAGUUAAACUUGUUCAAACACAACACACUUUUUAACGCUUUUCUUAGCACCUGUUCUCACUCGCUUGUUGUCAAGAAAUGGAGACUGGUAUAACAUCACUUUGUUGAAACAAAAAGAAGACUCCGAACAAGAGGCACAGCGUGCUUGCUUCAAGCCCUUUGUCCUUCCCAGCUGUAAAGUUGACGAGAAAAAUAAAAAAAAGAAUUAAACAUUAUUUAAGCACCUAAAUGUUCAACCAACCCAUAUAAUUAAAUCUUAACAAAAGUCAGCGAGACGCAUGGAGCAGCAACACAUACAAACAGGGGUACAUUCUCAAUCCUCUGUGGGAACUACUAUCACUGGAAAUUAAUUGGGGCCUUUGUUGAUCAAGCUACGUCUGUGCCAAUAUGGCACAACGUGGCGCUACUACACUGAAGGCAUGAGACUACCAAUUCGGACUUGCCUAUAUACUGUAAAGGCCCAUGAAAAAAACGAUGAUUUAAAACCUGCGACCAAUGAACCGCGAUAUUACUGGGGAACACCUUUAGUGAAAUAAUGAUGUCAUCUCCAUUUACUCACAAAUUGACUUUUGUGUGUCAUAUACUUUUUCUCUUGUAUAAACGGCAACACAGGAUAAUAAUGUACUGCCUGCCAUCUAGUGGAAGAGCGUUUAAUUAUUCUGCCUGUCACAGACAAACAAAGAAAAAAAAAAAUGAGAGAGAGCCUGAACGCACCACGGCCAAAACACUAUCCUGUAUUUCAAUGACUAACCAAACAAGUCAUGGGCGUGACACGGCAAUAAAGUCACAACAACUAGGAUGAUGAUUGAUUAUAAACCUUGCAACUUUCUGAGCAUCAAAAAGAAGAAAAUGUUUACUGAUGAUCGUGCGGGUCAUUUUGUUGGUGGUUUUGUUUUGUUCGUGUUGACCGUUAGGCACCUUACCGAUGUCAUGUUGGAUUGUACAUGUACGCCUCAUGAUCAAUGUCUCUAGUUUGUGUCAUUUAACAAAUGAAUAAAGCACUAACUCCA